AUGAUAUUCAACGAGGAGCUGCGCCAUUUCAGUAAAAACUGUGCCAAGGACUGCGAUAAGGCAUUCAGAAGCUCCCUCAUCGAAGACGAUUCUGUGGGCGGAUCACUGACCGACGGAGAGCGGAAGCGCCGGGAGUCGACGCCGUUUUCCUUGGCACUCGAUAGCCCAACCGUCACGACCCCUGCGACGGAAGCGUCUUGCGCGUCAUGGCACAGCCGGCCUUUGCCGAAACUUCCUCCGGAAGAGGUUUCCAAGAGGGGCUUGGCUACGACAUCGUACGAAUCCGACUAUGGACUCAACUCCUCGGACGAGCGCGACGAUGACGCCGAAAUCAUUGGGGAGGCCACGAGGUUGGUGAUGCCCGUCCUAAUCCCGAAACAGGGCGAUCGUCGGGUUGCCUCGGCGCCGGCCUAUAGUCAGGCGACUAGGAAGCUCUCCACGUUGCCGUCGAUCAACGAAAACGCAGGCAUCCAGCCCACAGCCAACAACGACGGUACGCGGAUCGUCUCGGCGCCUCCCCAUGGCUCGGCGACGCGUGGACGCGAGAAGGACCACGGCAUGGAGUAUCUCAGCAAAGUGGAGAAGUCGAUCCGAGUCGUGCACUCGCCUGGGGCGCAGAGUCCAGUCAAGGCGCCCCAGCCGCUGAAUAUUCGCAAGAAGUCGACGGCAGAGGACUUCGGACGCAAGCUGCAGCGUCAACUCGCAUACCACGCAGAUGAGCAUCAUGAUGACGCGGCCGAGCCCCCGCCACAGGAAGCGAAUGGUCCCGUGAAAAAGAAGAAGUCCUGGUUCAAGCGUUCGUCGAGGCCCGAAUCGGAGCCGAACGCGACCGAGGCGCCGAGCGCCACUUGGGCCACAGCCCCGAGGCAAACUACGCUCCCGGAUGCGGACUCAACAGGCGAGGCGGCCAAGAAGAGGGCCUUC